AACAUAACACCUUGAGUCCUGGUUAUUUUUCUGCCCCUGAUGUGAACCCACAUUAAAAGCAGCUUUGAUCAGUUGUCUUAUGCAAUCUUCAGACAUCCCAGAAGAGCUGAUGGGAACUCAGGCGUAGUUAAUUCAUAGUGUCUGUCGUUCCUCUCCAAACACAUACACUCCAAAGCAGCGUGUCUUUUACAUGUUACUACUCUAAAAAUGGAUUUAACUGGAUUGAGCUCCAAAGGACGCUUUUUGGUGGUUUUAUGUUUAGUUUCUUACCUUUACAACCCCACCGCUGCUGAGGGGAGCUGCAAACUCAAGGCCAAAUUCAACCUGAAGGGGUAUAAAGAAGUGGAGAAGAAGACGGUGGUUAUUGGCGGUAUGUUUCCCGUUCAUCAGCGCCUGAUUGACACUGACAGCAACACCACGAUCGCUCCAGAGUCUUCUGAUUGUGAGGGCUUUAACUUCCGUACUUUCCGCUGGGCUCAGACCAUGCUGUUUGCCCUGAAUGAGAUCAACAACAGAACUGACAUCUUACCUUAUACUGAUCUGGGUUACGUCAUCUAUGACUCCUGCUUCACCAUUUCCAAAGCCGUGGAGGGAACGCUCACCUUCCUGACGGGCCAGGACGAGGCUGUGCCCAACUACCGCUGCGGGGAUGGACCCCCUCUCUCUGCUUUGGUGGGGGCUGGAGGCUCUGAUCUGUCCAUAGCUACAGCCCGGAUACUCGGCCUCUACUAUUUCCCACAAAUGAGCUACGCAUCCUCAUGCUCAGUUCUGGAAAGCAGGUUUCAGUACCCCACCUUCCUCCGCACCAUCCCUAGCGAUGAGCACCAGUCUGUGGCCAUGGCCAAACUAGUGCUUCAAUUUGGCUGGACCUGGGUGGGUUGCAUCGCCGCUGAGGACGAUUACGGGAAAUACGGCAUCAAGAGGUUCAAGGAGGUGGUAGAGGAGGCGGGAGUUUGCAUAUCCUUCUCCGAGACCCUCCCCAAGGUCAGUAACCCAGAAGCCAUCGAGCGCAUCGUGCAGACGGUGCUGGAUUCCACGGCUAAGAUCAUCGUGGUGUUCUCCUCCGACGUGGAUAUGAGCCCCCUAGUGGGGGAACUGCUGCGCAACAACGUCACCAACCGCACCUGGAUCGCCAGCGAGGCCUGGGUCACGUCAGCUGCCAUCUCCCGCCACCCCGACAUACUGCCUGUCCUGGGAGGUACAAUAGGGUUCGCGGUCAAGCGUGCGGAUAUACCAGGCCUGAAAGAGCAUCUGCUGAGCGUUACUCCAUACAAUGACACUCUGACUGAAGAGUUUUGGGGAAUAGUCUUCAACUGCACUUUGAAUUAUCGGCAGGUAUUGAGAGGCACGAGGAGAUGCACUGGAGAAGAGAUGCUGGAGAAGUUAAAUAAUACUUUCACGGACGUGUCACAGUUGAGGAUUACAUAUAACGUGUAUAAGGCUGUAUAUGCCGUGGCACAUGCACUCCAUAACCUAGAGCACUGUAAACCCGGCAGUGGCCCAUUUGAGAAUGGGACAUGUGCCGACAUUACGAAAUUUGAGCCUUGGCAGCUGAUGUACUACUUGAAAAAUCUCCGAUACACUGUUCCUCACACCAAAGAGGAGAUAUACUUCCACGAUGGCGAUGUAGAUGGCUUUUAUGAAAUCUUAAAUUGGCAGAGCGAUUCGGAAGGAGGGAUUGCAUAUACCCCCAUUGGUUACUAUAACAGCACAGCAGCCCCCGAGGAGAGGUUGAUCAUCAAUAAUGGCUCCAUUAUAUGGAACAAUGAUAUUCUGGAGACGCCACGAUCUGUGUGCAGUGAACGAUGCCAGCCCGGCACCAGGAUGGGUAUCCGGCAAGGAGAACCAGUCUGCUGCUUUGACUGCAUCCCCUGCGCAGAUGGCGAGAUCUCGAACACAACAGAUGCACGAGGCUGUAUCCAGUGCGAUGAAGACUACUGGUCCAAUGCCAAUCACGAUACGUGUGUGCCAAAGACCAUUGAAUUCCUGGACUUCGGUGAACCUCUUGGGAUCACACUGAUCGCCAUUGCUGCUUUCGGGGCUUUAGCGACUAUUGCAGUUGCGAUUAUCUUAUUGAUGCACCUUAACACACCUUUGGUGAAUGCCAACGACCCACUGCUCAGCUUCUCCCUGCUGCUGGGUUUAGUGAUAACCUUCAUGUGCUCUAUUGCGUUCCUCGGUGAGCCUCAGAUGUGGUCUUGCAUGACCAGCCAGGUGGCCUUGGCUGUAGGCUUUGCUCUGAUCCUCUCCUCGCUAAUGGGUAAAUCUGCUCUGCUCAUGCUGAGAGCCAGAGCCGUAAAAGCCGUCAAAACUGCUAUGAAGGCAGCCAAAGCAGCAGCAGCGGCAUCUGAGCAGAGUCCCGACACUGCCGUCAUGGCUCCAGCUAUUCCUCAGAAGAAUGAUAUAGACCCUAUUCAUCCCAGGCACCAGAGGGCGAUAAUGAUCGUGUGCACCCUGAUCCAAGCGGUGGGCUGCACCGUGUGGCUGAUUCUGAUGCCUCCAUAUCCCGUGAAGAACACAGCCGCCCAGAACAUCAAGAUCAUCCUAGAGUGCGACCCUGGAAACAUCAUCUUCAUCUGCUCCAUCUUUGCUUAUGACAUUCUUUUGGCUGUGCUGACUUUCGUUUUUGCUUUUGUGGCACGAAAGUUGGAAGACCACUUCAACGAGGGCAAGAGCGUGACCUUCGGCAUGUUGGUGUUUUUCAUCGUUUGGAUCUCCUUCGUGCCUGCCUACCUGAGCACGCGGGGGAAAUUCAUGGUGGCGGUGCAAAUCUUCGCCAUCUUGGCUUCCAGCUUCGGUCUGCUCGCGUGCGUCUUCAUCCCCAAGUGCUAUGUGCUGCUUAUCAAACCAGAGAGGAACAAAGAGGAACUGAUGAUACCCCGAGCCAAAUCACGUGACAUUGCUGCUGCCAGCUCCGCAUCCGCUAAUGGAACCACAGUAUCCACUGUGUCUCUAGAUGACUGAAGCCAGUCCCUAAGACUAUCUACUGUGUCACUGUGAAUGUAGAAAUCUUAUUAUAUUGGACUUUGCCAUAUUUCAAGGAUCUUUGAUAUAAAUUUAGCCUGAUGUCAGAACUAAAACUUAAUGGGAAUAACAGUAAAUGGCUUUAAGGGGGUCAUAUGAUAAUGUUGUACAAAUUUUUUCUCCAUGUCUACUUAUAAUAAUAAUAAUAAUAAUUUUUUUUUCAGAAUUUAUCAUGAUUAUAAUCAUAGUUUUUAUGAGCAUAUUUCAUUAUCUAUUACCCCUAGCAGAGUGUUUUUUUUUUUUUUUCGUGCUAUCUUACCUUUAAGCUGAAAUUAGCUUGCAACACUUUUAAUAUUCUAACUGCAGGUUUGCUGACAAGUCCAAAUUAUUUUUAACUGCUCCAUUCCACUGUAUUCAUCUUACAUCAGAAUGCUGGGAAGGCUCAUUUAUGAAGCUUGGUUUAAAAAAAAUGAAACCAUAAAAAAAAAAUUAUAGAGCAGACCAAAAAAAAAAAAAAAAAAAAAUCUAAAUAUCCAACUUUAAGACCUUUCCACACUGAAUGCAAUGUGAAAAAGGGAGGCGAA